UAUAACAUAGUCAUAGAGAAGAAGAAGAAGAAGUAACUAUCAUCUGUCAACGUCAACUUUGUCAACAAUUUUUUCAUCAGAACCACGUGUUAUUGUUUUCAUUAAUAAUUAUGGAUGUUUUGUCAAGACCCGCAGAAGAAUUUGAUAAUGAUCAGUCAAUUGAAACAAUGUGGGCAAUUAAGGCCUUUGAACAUGCAGAGAUUUACUUUAAUAUCUUAUGUUCCGUCGACCCAAAACACUUGAAACUUACGCCGAUGGAUGAUACGAUUUAUAAAAUAUUCAGGGAGGAAUUUCCAACUUUGGAUGUCAAAAUUAUCAAUGAAAACGAACUUAAAAGCACAAAAGAAAAAGCGAAAUGGCGUCCCUUUUGUGAACGUUUUAAAACUCUAAUAGAAGACUACAGCUUUGGAACUUUAUUGCGUUCUCACGCAGAAGAUGACUAUAAAGAAGAAAACUCGAUUCUAGUAACGAGAAUACAGUUCUAUGCGAUAGAGAUUGCUCGAAAUAGAGAAGGUACUAAUGAUAUUUUACGAAAGAAGUUCAAGCCUAGUCCAAAGCCAGAAAUACAAGAAGAAACAUAAAUUAUGAAGGACUUAGAUAGGUUGUCAUUUUUAAAUCUCAUUUCUCUUUAUGAACAUCAUUAGUUUUAUUUAAAUUAUCAAUUAUUUUUAAUAAAUGGGUUAAUAAAUAAUAAUACUGAAGCGUAAA